AUGAGCUCCGAUGUUCCACAUUCCAAUCCUCGUGUAUCCGGUGAUCCUGACGCAGCGGCUCGUGGUAUCUACGGUAGGGAAGUUGCACUCAGCCCCAAGGCUGAAAGUGCCUUGCUGGACCGGAUCCCAGUAAACAGUCGUCUUUGCGCUCUGCAGUUGUCUGGCUCAACUAAGGAUGAACCUAUAGAUUACGAAGCUCUUCCGGCGUCAAGCUCGCUUCGCGAGCAUAUGCUUGCUGGAGCAUGUGCAGGUAUCAUGGAACAUAUUGUGAUGUACCCGGUAGACUCUGUGAAGACACGAAUGCAAUGUCUUCGGCCAAUGUAUCAUACGGACUACUCGAACGUUUUCAAUGGUCUUGUUCGAUUGAUUCGCACCGAAGGGGCGCGUGGUUCUUUACGCGGAAUCGGAGCCAUGGUUGGCGGUGCAGGACCUGCUCAUGCAGCCUACUUCGGCUGUUACGAACAUGUGAAAGAUCUGGUUGAGAAGUCACAAAUGAGGUCAACUCACGUGGCACCCGUAAUCGGCGGUGCUUGCGCGACGCUGUUACACGAUGCAGUUAUGACCCCGGCAGAUGCGGUGAAGCAGCGUCUACAAAUCUACCACAGUCCCUAUCACAACAGUGUCGAUUGCUUCCGCCGUGUAUGCCUCACCGAAGGUCCUCGCGUUCUCUAUCGGGCCUACUUUACCCAACUCACCAUGAACAUUCCCUAUCAGUCGAUUCAUUUUGUUUGUUACGAAACCGUGCAAUCCACGUUGAAUCCCGAACGACACUACCUACCGUGGACCCAUGUCUUGGCCGGAGCGGCAGCUGGCGGAAUAGCUGCAGCUGUCACAAAUCCGUUGGAUGUGUGCAAAACCAUAUUGAACACACAGGAACGCUGCGCACUGCCCCACUUAUCUGGUACUUCUUGUCAUUCAACAUCACCCCCAAAUCCGCCCCAAAUUCGUGGCCUUCUCGGUGCAGCGCAGCAAGUAUUCGCACUGGAAGGAAUUCGGGGUUUUCUCCGAGGCCUCGGGGCUCGCGUUCUGACAGCUGUCCCUGGAACUGCAAUAUCCUGGUCUGUCUACGAAUACUUCAAAUGGUAUCAGCGUAUCUCCCCAUCCGAUUCUUCACAAACAGGCGGUGAUUGCGGAGGUUCUGCGGAUAAUACCAAACCAUUUCAAGAUGUGUCUCCGACGGAACGAUCUGUUAGCAGUCGACGGGGGCUGUUACUACCCGCGGCAGGUGAAGUCGCCUACGCCAGUACGGGAAGAGAUGAUCUGCGCGAAGUUAUGUCCAUUGUCAAGGAGUGAUUAGAUUUCAAUCGCGGUUGCACCAAUUCCCAAGACAACGAUGACUACUCACACGCAGUAUGACCUGCUCGCUAUGUGAAUCUGUAUGCGUCCAGUCCCGCUAGUCUGUGAGCACCGUGGCGACUCAUAGAAGGUCGUGCCUUUUUCCAAUUGAUCGAGUUCAUUUAUACAUUCGGUUGCUUUUAUGUGUUGCCACUCAUGGUGGUACCCUGAAUCGCCAACCAACCCAUGGAGUGACUAUGAAGUACCAACCUAACUUUCUUUCCUUGACCAAUGUACAUAGCUAUCUAUAGGAUAUUCCACGUUGUAUAUUCAAUCUGUCAGGGCAGUAGACCUUUUGAGAUUUGUACUUAAAUACGAG